UGGAAAACACCACUCCAUAGUCUGUCAAUGGGGGAGACUUUAAAACUGACCGACUGGGGAGAUUCAAAUGUCUAUACAGAACUUUGACAAGCAGGAAAGAGGACAUGAGGAAAUACGGCUGGAACAGUUUCAAGGAUUUAAUUUUAGGAAAUCCUGCUGUUGUCGACCAGGACCCACACGUGGAUGUUGGUGAUGAGAACCCUGAGCGUGGGAACUGGGCCAGCAAGAGAGAGUACAUCCUCUCUACCAUCGGCUAUGCUGUCGGACUGGGAAAUAUCUGGAGAUUCCCAUAUUUGGCCUAUAAGAAUGGAGGAGGUGCCUUUCUGAUCCCCUACUUUGUGAUGUUGGUGGUGACUGGAAUUCCUCUUUUCUUCCUUGAAAGUGCCUUGGGACAGUUUUGCAGCCAAGGUCCGAUUAACAUAUGGAGAUCAGUACCAAUACUGCAGGGUGUUGGAAUUGCCAUGGUUAUGGUGACUUUAACAGUAUCAAUUUACUACAACGUCAUCCUCGCCUACAGCCUGUACUACAUGUUCGCCUCCUUUCAGUCGCCUCUGCCUUGGUCCAGCUGCUCUGACUGGUCCAACAGUAACUGCAGCAACACGCCCAUAGUGUAUUGCAAUGUCAGUGGUGUUUUGGUGGCUAACUGGACUCAUCAGGAAAACAGCACGUGUCCUUUAUCUAACACAAUCACAGAUCCUGUGCAGAGCCCGAGUGAGCAGUACUGGGACCUUGUGGCUCUGCAGAGAUCCAGUGGUCUGGAUGAAACAGGACCAGUAGUCUGGCACUUGGCCCUCUGUCUGCUGCUGAGCUCCUUGAUUGUUGCUGCAGCACUCAUCAGAGGCAUCAAGUCAUCUGGCAAAGUUGUGUAUUUCACAGCUACAUUUCCUUACGUGGUGAUUCUGAUCCUGCUGAUCAGAGGUGUGACACUAGAGGGAGCUAGAGAUGGAAUCGAGUUCUACAUUGGUUCCAAAUCUAAUUUGACUAAACUGACAGAGGCACAGGUCUGGAAAGAUGCAGCAACUCAGACUUUCUACUCUCUUUCAAUCGGCUGGGGAGGAGUCAUGACUCUCGCUUCUUACAACAACUUCCACAACAACAUGUUCAAAGACACUUUUAUUGUCACACUCACUAAUGCAGGUACCAGUGUGUUGGCAGGCUUUGCAAUAUUUUCCAUCUUGGGUCACAUGGCUCAUAUCUACAAAAUGCCUAUUGAAGGAGUAGUGAAAGACGGAUUUGGCCUGGCAUUCAUUGCAUACCCAGAUGCUCUGUCUAAGCUUCCCAUUUCCCCUCUGUGGUCUGUUUUGUUCUUCUUCAUGCUUUUGACUGUUGGUUUGGACUCUCAGUUUGCAGGGAUAGAGGUGAUCUCUACGUGCCUAAUUGACAGCUUCCCGAAAGUCUUCAAAUCCAAACGGGGUUUAGUGACAAUAGCAACAUGUUCCAUCCUCUACCUGCUGGGUCUGCCCUGUGUCACAAGGGCAGGAAUAUACUGGGUGACUCUCAUCGACUCAUUUGUUGCCAGCUGGGUGCUGAUUUUUUUGGCUCUCUUUGAAGUCAUUGGUGUCGCCUACAUUUAUGGAGGGAAUCGUUUUAUAAAAGAUAUUGAGAUGAUGAUUGGAAAUAAGAGUUUUGCCUUCUGGUUUUGGUGGAGAGCAUGUUGGUUCUUCAUCAGCCCAUGCAUCAUCGUGGUGAUCCUGAUCUGGUCUCUGAUAACAUUCAAACCACCCAAAUACGCAGGAGUGCAGUUCCCAGCAUGGGGCUUGGCUCUGGGCUGGUGCAUUGCAAUAUUUAUUCUCCUCUGGAUCCCUGUUGUCGCUGUGUAUAAGCUGGUUAAAGCAGAGGGAGGCCCCUGGAAGCGUCUGAAGUCAUUGUGCUCUCCAACUGAAGAAUGGCAUCCCUACCUGGACAUCCAUCGAGGAGAACGUUACUCAGAGGAACGCUGCCACCGCAGGAAAAGCCAAGGGAACAAAGCAAAAGUGGAUGUCAAUGUGAUCUCUAGCUCCUGGCUGUGAUGUAUUUUUGUGUGUGUGUUCAGCUGACAUUUUUUCCUUCGAUAAAGCAGUGUGAUCUUCAAUCUUGAACACCUUGUACUGCGGAUUAAAGUAACAUAAGUGAUGUUUAAAUCCAUAGGGAGAAAAGAGUGGAUACAAUACAACAGUUAUGAUUGACAAAAACCCCAAAUAUAGCCUACAAAUACACCACAUUGCUACAUAUUACUGACACUGAGUUACUGUAAAAGUCACACAAUCAAAAAGUCCUGCCAUAAAUAUUAAGUCAAGGAAGGUUGUUUUGGUCAGGCUUUUUCCUCUCAUACCCUUAUCACUAGAAAAAAGUUCCAACAAUUCGUGAUGUAACCAGUUUACAGCAGGUUUUUGGUGUACUCAAGAAGGAGAGCCAAAACUGCAUUGUGAUCCAGGUUAACAUGUGAUUUUAUUGAUGGCUAGGAAGGUUAUUGAUUUCAUGUUUUUUUAAGUGUUCUUUUUAUCCCAGAUAUCUGCAUCAUAAGCCUCAUAACACCCAAUACUGCAAGUGAGUUGAAUCUUGGAGUUAAUUGUGUUAUUUUAAUAGGUUCAUAAUCAUGUCAAAAAUAGAUGAUCUAAAAAAGGCAUCAAAUAUUGCAAAAGUAACAACAUUAAGUGCCACAAAAAAGUCUGUUUAAGAUCCAGAAAAAGCUGUUAAUCCAGUUAAACCAUAUUUAAAAGCGACUGAUGUCACACCUUCUAUUUACAAAAGGACUGCUUUGUAUUUGUUUACUGUGUUUGAUCAAGCCUGAGGAGGGUUACCAUUAAC